CCCGAGCACCACUGCAGCAGUUUCCGCAGCAGUGUACGAACUCAGAAGUGCGCACCACAUACACAAAACAUUCCACCGGAUGGUUCAAAGACCUUAACUUAACGUAAAGAAGUGCACAUCAACGAAAAAUUUUCAUUUUGGUUAUUAUUUUUUUUAGGAAAAAAUAAUAAUAAUAAUAAUAAUAAUGAAAAGGACUGUUAGAAAACGUAGACGUAUCGUAGACAUUGCUAGAGAAUUUCAUUAUCUCAGAAACGUUUUUGGUUGGAUGUUGAGUAUCAUUUGGGUACAUCUACUUUUAAGCUACGAAAUUGUUGCAUCAGGUGCUGUUGUAGAUAGGGAAAAUGGGCCAGUAACUAUGAAACAGCGAUUUGUGGAGCAUGGUACAAACGAAGACGACACUAGGAAUCAUCAUGGUGCACAUGUUUUGCCAUCAUUUGAUAACACAACAGCACAAAAUGUUACAACGCAACUCGGCCAAACCGCUUAUCUACAUUGCAUUGUCAAUAAUUUAGGUGAUAAAACAGUCACAUGGAUAAGAAGAAAAGAUUUUAAUCUUUUAACGGUAGGAACAGAGAUAUAUACUAGUGAUGACAGGUUUCAAACCAUUCAUAUGGAACAUACAAACGAUUGGGCAUUAAGAAUAAAGUAUCCUCAAACGAAAGAUGAAGGUACAUAUGAAUGCCAAGUCAGUUCAGAUCCAAAAAUUAGUCAUUUUGUCAAUCUAACUGUUUUAGUGGCAAAAGCAUCUAUCGACGGAUCUCCGGAUCUUUACGUGAAAACGGGCAGUUCUAUUAAUUUAACUUGUAUUAUCAUCCAAAGCUCACAACCACCGGCCUUCGUCUUUUGGUAUCACAAUAGCAAAGUGAUUAACUAUGACUCAUCACGUGGAGAAAUCACAGUGCAUAAAGCAGGGGGUGACACAGCAGUUAGCACAUUGUAUAUCAAACACGCUCAGCCAGCUGAUUCUGGUAAUUAUACCUGUUCUCCAUCGAAUGCUGAAGCAACUAGUAUCACGGUACACGUAUUAAAUGGAGAAAAAUCAGCAGCCAUGCAGCACGACGGUAAUCCUAGUCAUUCAUCCAGUUCAUCUUGGAAGAUCAGUGGAUCGACAAUGAUAAUCCAGCUUCUGGCAAUUGCAGCAGUAUCUAUAGUAUCGAGAUGACGUGAUGAAGUGACAUGAAGCAAAAGGGGACAACGUCCACAGUUGGUCUGUCCAGGACAUGAUAGGUCGCGAUGGGACAGAGAAGCAACCAUUACAGGGAAUGUCGUUGCGUUGUUCCGCAGGCGGCGAGUUUCCACUCCGCCCAAUUUGUGAAGAACAUAUAGAAAUGGACGUUGCUGAUCGAAGCCUGUAUAGCUUCUAUCGUUUAUCGUUGUCUGUUGUUAACGGAUUUAGAUACAUUCUCGCGUAACGUAUCGGGAUCGUGUACAAGAAAGAUAAUUAUGUUUUCUAUUGGAUACGUUUAUUCGAUAACAAUUUAAUAAUAUAUAUAUAUAAAUAUAUAUAAAUAUCUAUAUAUAUAUAAGAGAAAAAAUACUAAAAUCUUGUAUAGAAAAAACGGAUGUAUUAUAAUGUUUCUUAUGUACAAACGAAGAGAAAAAAA